AUGGGCAAAAAAUCCAAGACACAAAAGGAGGCUCCUGCUGCAGAGAGCGCAGGUUCCUCGUUGCCUUUCUUGGGCGGAAAAGCCUCCGUGGAUCCUUCAUUGGCUUCAUUGUUUGAGCAGAGUGCAGGGCCAGUGAAGGUUCCGGAAGUACCUCGUCUGGGCGCUGCGCCGAAGACGAAGAAACCUAAGCUUGAGAACGACGAGGAUGAAGAGGAACUGUCGGGCCCCGGCGACGACUCUGCUGCCGAAGAUGAACCCAUGGAGGAUACGCCACAGUCGCCCGAUGCUGCGCCUGAAGACGGCCCAGCGGUCUCAGAGCCACCAAGUCGGAAACGAAAGCGAGCCACCGGAGACGAUCUUGAAGACUCGUACAUGCGUCGCCUAGCAAAGGAGGAGCAGAAGGAGCAGAAGAAGCGCCGAGCAGAACUACCAGCUUCCCCAGAAGCAGAAAGUGAAGACGAUGAAAAGGAAAGUGUGCAGUCUGAAGAAGACGAGUCAGAGGAGGAGGAAGACGUGGAAGUUCCCAAACACGAAGCUAUGGCCAGUGAAGGCGGCGACGACGACGAAAUCGCCAAGUCUAACCGGACUAUAUUCCUAAGCAACGUCUCCACAAAAGCAAUCACAUCAAAGUCGGCGAAGAAAGAGUUGAUGAAGCACCUUUCUUCAUUCCUCUCGACGCUUCCCGAGUCCACAGGUCCUCACAAGAUCGAAUCCGUACGCUUCCGAUCUACUGCUUUUGCUAGCGGCGGCAAGAUACCUAAGCGCGCUGCAUUCGCCAAGCAGGAGAUUCAUGAUGAUACCACGCCCAGCACCAAUGCCUACGCCGUCUACAGCACCGCUCAGGCUGCGAAAAAGGCCCCCGCGGCACUGAACGGGACCAUGAUUUUAGACCGACACCUGCGUGUCGACAACGUGGCGCAUCCCUCGAAAGUCGAUCAUAAGCGCUGCGUAUUCGUCGGCAACCUCGACUUCAUUGAUAACGAAAAGGGCACUGAAGAGGGAGAGAAAAAGAAAAAGAACCGAGCCCCGGCUGAUGUGGAGGAAGGCCUUUGGCGCACAUUCAAUGCUCACACCAAAGGAACACAAAGUGGCCCUGCCGGUCGAGGCAAUGUUGAGUCUGUACGUGUAGUCCGUGACCGGUCCACUCGUGUUGGAAAGGGUUUCGCGUACGUGCAAUUCUACGACCAAAACUGUGUCGAGGAAGCUCUUUUGCUCAACGACAAGAGGUUCCCUCCAAUGCUACCACGAAAGCUUCGUGUUGUGAGAGCGAAGAAGGUUACCAAGAAGCCUAGUGAGAACCAAGGUGCAUCCAAAGGUACAGACAGGACACUGCAAGGUCGCGCUGGAAAGUUACUCGGCCGGUCAAGUGAGGCCAGGUUGAAGGCAGCGGAUAGGAAGUCGAUCUCGCAAAACUCGCUAGUAUUUGAGGGUAACCGCGCAACGGCCGAUGGAUCAUCUCGCAUUCGAGUGCGGGGGAAGAGUCGCGGCUCCAAGGUUAAGAAGGAUGGUCGAAGCAAGAAGCGUGCUGCGGCCUAUAAAGCUGCUGGAGGGAAAAGAUCAGAGAUAGGAAAGUAG